AUGUCUGAGGAAGACGUAACCCACACCGCCAGGGGCCACGGCUACAAGCAGCGCUCCCAGUACCCCCUCACUGCCGCCAUGGUCGACGGAAAGCCCGUCACACAGCACGUCGAGGGCGGCUCGGAAAAGCCCGCGCUCGCCAGCGACAACUCGGACGACCACCACCCCCUUGCUCGCAAGAAGAGCCACAAGGUCGACCUCAUCUCCAACACCAAUGCCAAACUGGCCAACCCGCUCGGCGACCUCACAGACGAAGAGGUCAUGGAGAAUGCCGCAGCGUUUGCCGCAGCCAACAACUUGCCUGUGGAGGCAUUCCGCAAGGGCGGAGUGCUCGCCAAAAGGCCACAUGCCUUUGAAAAGUUGGCCAUCUUGGAUGAGGAAGACAAGGCCCGUCUAAGAUUCGAGGUCGAGCAUCCCUACCGUUCUCAGACAUGGCAGCUCUACAACAUGGUCAUUGCCUGUUCCGUGGCUGCUGCCGUGCAGGGUAUGGACGAGUCGGUCAUUUCAGGUGCCCAGCUCUUCUUCCCCUCGCAAUUUGGUAUCGGCGAGCCCAACAUCAACCCGCAAUACGCCAACAACCAUGAAUGGAUCAUGGGUAUCACCAACGGUGCCCCAUACCUUGCCUGUGCUGUUGUCGGAUGUUGGCUUACUGACCCACUCAACCACUACCUCGGACGACGAGGAGCUAUCGCUGUGACCGCUUUCAUCUCUUUCGUCACUUGUAUUUGGGCCGCAUGCACCAACACCUGGUGGCACCUGUUUAUUGCCAGAUUCUUCCUCGGUAUCGGCAUUGGUCCCAAGUCUGCUACCGUCCCUAUCUUCGCCGCAGAAUGUGUUCCUGCUCGAAUCAGAGGAUCACUCGUUAUGCAAUGGCAACUGCUUGGUUACGCGGCCGAUCUCAUGUUCUACCACGUGUCGGACAAGCCUCAUAUCACGGGUCUCAACUGGCGUCUGAUGAUUGCUUCGGCUGGUAUCCCCGCCUUGGUUGUCAUGGCCCAGCUUCCCUUCCUUCCUGAAUCUCCUCGUUGGCUCAUGAAGAAAGGCCGCUAUGAAAAAGCUUUCCGCGCCAUGAUGCGUCUCCGUGGAAAUGAAGUCAUGGCUGCGCGGGACUUGUACUACAUCUUUGUCUUGCUCGAGGAAGAGGCUGCUAUCGUCCGAGGCAGGAACAGGUUCUUGGAGAUCUUUACGAUUGGACGUAAUAGGCGAGCGAUGAUUGGGUCCACUAUUGUCAUGUUUGGUCAGCAAUUCUGUGGUGUCAACGCUAUUGUAUACUACACUGCCACCAUCUUUUCCAGUGCUGGAUUCUCUGAAAUCGACGCUCUUCUCGCUAGUUGGGGUUUCGGAAUGCUGAACGCCAUCUUUGCCAUCCCCGGUAUGCUCACCAUCGAUAGAUUCGGUCGUCGAGCAUUGCUGCUCUUCACUUUCCCAAUCAUGGCCCUGCUCUUGUUGUUCACUGGGUUCUGUUUCUGGAUCCCCGAGGGACCGGCUAGGAUUGGGUUGAUCACUCUUGGUAUCUAUCUGUAUUGUAUUGCAUACUCUCCCGGAGAAGGACCUGUCCCAUUCACCUACUCUGCCGAGGUCUACCCUCUAUACAUUCGAGAAUUGGGAAUGUCGCUCGCGACCGCCACUCUCUGGCUGUUCAACUUUAUCGUGUCUUUCACGUUCCCUCGUUUGUUGACUGCUUUCAAGCCUCAGGGAGCGUUUGCUUGGUAUGCCGGAUGGUGUGUCGUGCUCAGUAUCUUGAUCUUGUUCUUCUUGCCAGAAUCAAAGGGAUACACUCUUGAAGAGCUCGACCAAGUCUUCUCCGUCCCUACCGGCGUACACGCCAAAUACCAGCUUUAUAACCUCAAAUGGCAUUUCAAGCACUACAUCCUCCGCUCUAAAGAACCUCACGAGGCGCUCUACAAGUUCGACGAUGAUUUGGUUGAUGACAAAGAGUUCUUUGAGCCUAGUAAGGACGGGCAGGUCCAGCAUGUGGCGUAA